UAUCCCAUGCAUCUGUCAGUUAGUUGUCAAAAUUGGAUGUGAGAAGUGUGUGAAAACGAGAAAAGCCUUCUUAAAUAUUGUGUGUCCAUUGCAGAAGCAAAUCUUUGGAUGGAAAAAUCGAAAAUGCUUCUGAUUUAGGUCCCGGGACCGAUCGAAUUGUGUUGUUUAACGUCGAGUGCCGUCGAUUAUGGUCGGUUUCGUUGAAAUUGUUCGCUCAAGGACUGGUAUUCGUCCUUCCGGUUGACGAUCUGUGGAGUGGAUUAGGCAUUUGUCUUAUGAGAUUUUUUUUUCCUGCUGCUCACCAUCACACCAUUGGUUUGUGGCUCGGGCUGAGAAAAAAGCAGCUACACCACAAGAAGAAAAUACGCAAAACUUAUCUCCAAAUGUCGAAUGAUUGUAUAUUACUUUGAGUCCUAAUCGAACACAGUUCCGAAGGCUGUAAUAAUCCAUCGUGUGAAUGCAUGAAUUAACGAUAAACCUAUACAAACCACAAUGCAAAGUUUGGAAUCUGCAUCAUGCCCAGAAGCAGAUUAUAUGUUAAACGACGCUUACUGUAAAUUGAGAAAAUCUCCCUCACGUCAGCAGACGCUCCUGAUUGAUCCACCGCCGCAGUAUCCAAGUUUGCCUAGUCCUAUUCUGAACGAUAGCACGCCACUGUUCAACACCAGCAGUAGUAGCAGCGCCACAAGCCCGCUACCAUCAUCCUCGUCCUAUGCAACCCUAGGCAGCAUCCAUUCGACCUCACCGCCUGCUACGCUCUUGGCAACCCCACCCUCGGCGUCCUCUCUAUGCCAAGUUCCACCGGGAAGCAAUACCGCGGCCCAGCUGUUCAAAUCCUCUUUCUCACCUGCGUCCGCUUCCACGUCCUCGAUCAUCAGCAGUAACCUGCCCCAUGUAAACCACCUCCAUCAUCACAUCGAGAAGCGGGGAGCAACUGACUCCGGCUACAUCAGUGGCUCCCCGUCCAAAAAGUCUAAACUAUCUUCCUUGGCCGGGGCAUCGUUCACAUCAUCUUCAGGGUCUUCACCAAUCAACAGUUCUUCCAUCGUUGGCUCAUGUAACUAUUCCAUUGGCGGCGGUACGAGCAGUGGAAGCAGCAGCAGUCAUCACCAUCAACAGCAGCAACAACAGUUUGGUGGUGGUAGUAGCAGCUAUGGAUACGGUGCAGCAGCUGCUGCUUCGCCCUCCGCCGGAACUAGCUCUGCUGCUGUGGCUGGCACUUCCUCAGCUGCAUCACCAAAUGUCGCUGCCGGUGGCGGCCGAUUUAACAUACACGAGAAGCUUAGGGAAUUGUAUCUCGAAUUAUUAGCCGAAGACAAUACUGAUACUAACAGGUUGAACUUGAGGAAUACGUCGUUCUUACUGGAAAAACUGGUGCUGCGGGAGAAUCUGAGCACCUUGAUCCUAAAUCUCUACCCCGGCAAUAAAGGAUAUUCCUUAGCAUUUAGGCGAGGUGUUGAGCAGCAGAACGAUGGAGGACGAAGUACCGCUAAAAGUGGCGCCGCGUCCUCGUUGCUGGUGGAUCAGUUACUGCCGGUCUGUCACACGAUCGUCGAUCGUCGAUGA